AUGUCUUUCCGGCCAAUGCUGAAGCAGCGGGCUGUGGCCCCCAUCGCGGCCACUCUUCUGGCUGGCGGUAUCGCCCUCUAUCCCCGGCAGACGGCCUUUGCAGAGGAGCCUCGCGAUGCUAAAAAACCCAUCUACGAUGACUUCCCGACCGAGAUCCCGGCCGUCUCCAAGCCCGUCGUCUCUCCGGCCCCGACCACCACCCCGGCGACUCCGGUGUCCACUCCCUUCUCCUCUCCCUCUUCCCCUACUCCCACCGACAUCCUGACCGCUCAGGUGCGUCAGGCCCGUCUCUUCCUGUACGAGAACUCCCUGGCCGUCGAGACCAAGUUCAACAACUUCCUGUCGCGUGCCCUGCACAUCGAGAAUGCCUUCACCAACACCGUCGCCUCCCUGGCCCCGUCGCCCGAGUCCGGCGAACGCCUGCUCCCCGGCGGAGUCUACGUCGUCGUGGCCGCCAUGGCCGGUUCCAUCGUGUCGCGGAACCGCGGUAUCCUGCUGCGCACGGCGUCCCCGCUGGCCUUCGGUACCGUGGCCGCCUGGACCCUGCUGCCCGUGACCAUGCGUAACGUGUCGGACCUGGUCUGGGAGUACGAGAAGCGGGUGCCGGCUGUGGCGGACACGCAUCUGCAGGUGCGCGAGAAGGCCGAGCACCUGUGGUACACGGGGAUUGCACACAGCGGCAUGGCGCGGGCCAUGAUGGAGGAGAAGAUCGGAGAUGUGCGGAAGAAGUUGGAGGAGGUGGUGAGCAAGGGACACUAA